AUGCGCAGAGAACAGCAUGGACGUCACGAUAACACGGAAACAUCUUGGGGUAGCAGGGUGGAGCCUCGACAACGACCACGCAAGGCACCGAUCGCGGUGAACCAGCUGAAUCUGCGCGAUCACAGCCAAAUUCAAUUUCCUAAUACCCUCUUGCAGCAAGUGACGGGUACUAAACGACAUGCACCCCCUCCUGGCUUACUUAUCUCAGUCACAUAUUAA